CCUCACUCAUUAAGAGUUUGGCGCAUUGAGCAGUUAGUAACUGAGUGAGGAAGCCGUUUACAGCUGAGAUCCAGAGUCGGUUUUGGUGCCGUGCAGCAUUUGAAGAUGUGGAAGAGUGUCUCUGCCAGUCGCUGGAUUUGUCUGCUCACCCUGGCUGUGGUGAUGCUCCUCUACGUAUCAGAAGUGGAUUCCUACUUUUCAAUUGGAGGUUCACCCUGCUGUCACCGCAGCAGCUACUACAAGAUAAAGGGAAUCAAAGUGUGUCGUGAACAAAACCCACGACUUGGCUGCCACCACCAUGCCUUCCUGAUCAUCACCAAAACAGAUAAAAUAAUGUGCGUCAAUCCAGCUGCUAAGUGGCUCAAAGACAAGAGAGACAUGAAAGAACUGGACUGCCCUCCUGUCAUAUCGUUUUAUCCAGCCCUGGAAGAUGAUGAGGCAUGAUCUAAACGUCUCAACCAAACAGCUGCUCAGAAAAUGUUCUGCUGAUCAACUAUUUACUCCUUUUACAUAAAAAUUCCAAUAAAAUGUGUUUAUGUAUUUCCUUUUAUACAGUUUUGAAACAUUAUUUUGUAAAGUAAUUGUUAAUAACAGUGAGACUUUUUGAAACUGGAACCAUGAAUAAAUAAAUAAAACAUGACUGAAUGAU